AUGGAGGGCCUACCUUCAGAAGCAGAUGAAGAUCCAGUGACAGCGAUAAAGGAGACGAGGCAGCAGCUGGAAUCCCGUGUGGACACCCUCCACACGGCGCAGCUGGACCUCAUCUCCUCCCUCCAAUCCGUCGUCCCCGACCUCGUCUCCUCCCUCGACCUCUCCCUCCGCGCCAUCUCCGUUUUCAACCACAAACCAUUCACCCCUCUCGCCCAAAUCCUACCAUCGAGACCCUCUCAGCCCAAGGCCCAUAUCCCCAAAUUGCCCCUCGACAACCCCAAAAUCCCGGCCGCCGUCCCCCGACCCUCCCUUCGAGUGAACGAGCGGGCCCUGAUUGAGGAGAGCGGGGGCCCUCUACCGAUCGUCCGGUCCAUGGUGGCCGUGUGCCUGCUGGAGAGGGUCCCUUUCAACCCCAUUGAUUCCUCGACGGUGCUGAGGAAGCUGGAGAACGACCGAUCGUCCACGGCGGCCGGUAGGGCGGCGCUGAGGGAGCUGGGCGGAGUGUCUGGACCCAUUACAGCAGUGGAGAUGGCCCUGAGGUCCAUGGCUGAGGAGAGCGGAGGGGUCGAGCUGGAGGAGUUUGUGGUGAGUGGCAAGUCGAGGUUGAUGGUCAUGAACAUCGACCGGGCAAGGGUUAUCAAGGAGCUGCUGGAGACCAGGCAGAUGAACGAGCCUGCGGGCCUGGGGGAAAGGAGCAGGCCCAGUGAAGCCGCCUCCGGGAAAGGUGUGGCCAUUGGGAUGUUUGGUCCGAGGGGCGUAGGGGGAAUGGUGGGGGUGCCGAGGGGUGUGGGGGUCCCGCCCUCCAUGCACAGGCAGAUGAUGCCACCAGUGAAGCCGAGAACGGAAGAGGAUGACAUGAAGGAUCUGGAAGCUUUGCUGAACAAGAAGAGUUUUAGGGAAAUGCAAAAGUCGAAGACGGGUGAGGAGCUUCUGGACCUCAUACACCGGCCUACGGCCAAAGAAACUGCUGUGGCAGCUAAGUUUAAAAGCAAAGGUGGUUCGCAAGUGAAAGAAUACUGCUCGUCUUUAACCAAAGAAGAUUGUCGACGUCAGUCUGGUUCCUUCAUUGCUUGUGAUAAGGUUCACUUUCGGCGCAUAAUUGCCGCACAUACAGAUAUGAAUUUGGGGGACUGUUCAUUUCUUGACACCUGCCGUCACAUGAAGACAUGCAAGUACGUACAUUAUGAGCUCGACUCAACUACUGAUGCGUCACCUAUGAUUAUGGGGCAAGCUACUUUACCUCCACCGAAACCAUUGAAGCCCCAGAGUGCUCACUAUUGCUCGGAAGUAGAGCUUGGAGAACCACAGUGGAUCAACUGUGACAUACGUUCAUUUAGAAUGGACAUAUUGGGGCAAUUCGGGGUUAUAAUGGCUGAUCCACCUUGGGAUAUUCAUAUGGAAUUGCCUUAUGGAACUAUGGCUGAUGAUGAAAUGCGAACCCUGAACGUUCCUGCAUUACAGACUGAUGGUCUUAUAUUCCUUUGGGUCACUGGACGUGCAAUGGAGCUUGGACGUGAAUGCUUGGAGCAUUGGGGUUACAAGCGUGUGGAGGAAAUAAUAUGGGUGAAGACCAAUCAACUUCAGAGGAUCAUAAGAACGGGUCGGACGGGCCAUUGGCUGAACCACAGCAAAGAGCAUUGUCUUGUUGGAGUGAAGGGAAAUCCUGAAGUCAAUAGAAAUAUCGACACUGAUGUCAUUGUGGCUGAAGUUCGUGAAACAAGCCGCAAACCGGAUGAGAUGUAUGCCAUGCUGGAACGGAUAAGUCCAAGGACAAGAAAGCUGGAGUUGUUUGCAAGGAUGCACAACGUGCAGGCUGGGUGGCUAUCACUGGGUAACCAACUGCAAGGAGUACGGUUGGUAGAUGACGGGCUGAGAGCAAGAUUCAAGGCGGCAUAUCCUGAUGUGGAUGUGCAGCCAUCAUCACCACCAAGAACAGCCGCCAUUGAUGAUAAUACAGUAGAAGCGAAAGUAGCUGGUGCAGAUGGAGACAUGGCUAGCUAA